CUGACCUACUGCGCAUGUGAGAAAAGCUUGUUGUCAGCGUUGGUAUUGGAGAUGAGAUGGGAGUGCGAUCCUUCAUUAAUACGGUAAUGUUGUUGGUAAGAUGUCUCCAAAACCCCCAACAGAAGGUCUUUAUACAUCUAGCUGUGCGCUUACAACGAGUUGCAAAUAAAGACUCGCCUCUGUCAGUCUUAUUCUCAUUUUAGCCGGCAACUCCUUUGAACAACAAUAGAAAAAGAAAUCUCCAAGUGUUUGUCAGAGGAAUGCCAAAGAAGACAGAAUUCACUGCGGUCACCUCUUCAAGUCAUGAGGAUAAUUUCAGUGCCAAGGAGCUGAUGGUGCAUGCACCCACUGUCAGUGGUUGGAGAUCCAGCAGGCUGUGUUCGUAUCCUCAGCACCUCACCCUCCAACUGGCGGAGAGAUGUAGAAUAAGAAAGUUGCAAUUGCUGGCUCACCAGUACAUGAUCCCAGCCAAGGUUGAAUUUCAUGUUGGCGACAGCCUGCCUGAAGCCAGCCCUCCAGGAUUCCCUGGACAGUUUCACAGACUUGGGUAUGUGUCUUUAUCGGAUAACGAGAAGACUGGCUUCAAAGCCCGGGAGCUGAAGUCGGUCCACGUUGAUGCCGUCGGAACGUAUCUGAGAAUAACCCUCCACAGGAACCAUGCCAACCGUUACAAUCGCUACAAUCAGGUUGCACUGGUCGCCAUCAACGUUCUGGGAGAUCUUUUGGACAGUACCACACAUCACACAGGGCCAAGCGGAGACCAGCUGAUUGAACUGUACCUCAACAGUACCCAGCAGGAAGCUGCCCUGGACACGACUUUCAUGGGCAAAUGUUUAUCAAUCUCCCAAUUUGAUGAUUUGGCCUUCGACAUGUACCAGGAUCCGGAGGUCGCUCACAUCAUUCGUCUCUUGGACCAAAAGAAGCAAGCCGUUGUCCGACAGGAGAACUUUGAGGAGGCUAAGAAGUUGAAGCAAGCCAUCGCAGACCUUCAGAAGGUUGGAGAGCGUUUGGCUCGAUAUGAUGUGGAGAAGAAAUGUGCGAUUGAAAAGGAGAACUAUGACCUGGCCAAGACGAAGAAGGAGCUCAUGGACGAGUACAGGAAGAGCGUCUACCAACAGCUGGAAGUUCACAACCUGCUGGACAUGACGAUGAUCACCAAGACCUCAAACGUGUCCUCAGCCCAACGUCCUCCACCUCUUCUGCCUUCUCCUGCUGAUGGUUCAACCCCCACCAAGCCCCUGUUGUCCACAGAUGACAUUAGGAAGGGAAAGAAACUAAACGCUCAUAAUCAGCAAACAGCCACACAGACUGUUGUACCCAAACCUAGCAGUCAGCCUGACAAAUCUGUCACCCCUGCCUCCCUCCCUUCCGUUAACAUCACCGGUGUGCCUUAUGAUGAGAGGCCCCUGCCAGCACUUCAGCGAAAAGAUAGGGCAGGGGAAAGCAUCCAGACACCAUCAGCGGGGAACUCCCCUAAAUCUGACGUGUUAAGGUCUCCACGUGGUCCUGACCUGAGCGGAGAGCCAGAGCCCCUGACUGAGAAGGCUCUGAGAGAGGCUGGCCUUCCUAUUGAGGCCUUUGGAGAGAGUCUGGUGGCUGGUGCAUAUUCUAAGACCUGGUGCUACAGAGAGGACGCGCUGCUUGCUGUGCACAGCAAACUGCUGGAAGUAAGCUCCACAACGCCCAAAGACGAGCUGAGAAACACGAUAAGAGCGGCAGUCUUUCUGGUUAAGAAGGCCCUUCUGGAUAAAGUUUCAUCUGUUUUUCACGCCUCGCUGAAGUUGCUCCGGUUGAUGCUGAGCCAGCUGAUCCCAAGUCUGGGCCUGGGCCGGGUUGAGGUGACCCACUGCCUGGAGCAGACCUUACCUAAUUUGCUGGCGAGGACGGGAGACUCCCCUAACCGUCUACGGGCGGCUGCCAUCACCCUCAUACAGGAAAUUGCUAUUAUGAAGGAUGUCAGAGCCUCACAGGUCAUCCCCAGUGAACUAGUGAAGCCUUUCAAAUCCAACUUCCCCCCUCGUCUGGCUCAGAGUCGGGCUGAACUGCUCGAGAAACUUCUUGUGGAACUGGGCACAGACAACUCUGGCUUCACCCUAGAAAAUGUCAUCACGUUUUGUACAGCUGCUUUGGAGCAUAGUGCAAAAGGGGUUCGAGAGCUGGCAGCAAGCAUCAUCUUAUCCCUGUACGAGCAGCACAGAGGAGCUGUUCUCAGCUACCUUCCGCCUAAUGAUGCUUCCACACAGAAGAACUUUCUCUACAAAACCCUGUUUGAUGGAUUUGGGAAGAUUGAUGGAAAAACUGCGGAACCUCAGGCUUUGAAAAGAGAUGUCAAACAGCAGCCUGGACAAAAGGAGAAGAAAGAAAUUCACUUCCUUCAAAAGCAGCUGGCCGCCUUGAAAGGCAUCACAGAAAGGGAGAGCGAAAGCACCACAGACGAAACAUCCAAUCAAGAACAAGACAAAGUUGAAAAACAGUCCCCAAAAGGUGUCACAAAAGGGCCCCAGAUUCAGAGAGCCGACUGCGUAGACGUACAGGACUCCAUCGAGUAUCUGGAUAACAUGUGCAUUUUCUGUGGCAAAAAAGAUGAAUCGUUUACAGAAGAUGGAUUGGACCUUCACUACUGGAAACAGUGUCUGAUGCUGCAGCGCUGCGAUGAGUGUAGACAGGUAGUUGAGAUAGCCAGCCUCACAGAACACCUGCUGCGGGAAUGUGAAAACAGGUCCAGGUUCAGCCAGUGUCCACGCUGCUCAGAGGCUGUGCCCACUGAGGAGCUCACUGGUCAUGUUCAGGGUUCAAACUGUAACCGUACAGUCGCCGCCUCCAACCACUGUCCUUUGUGUCACAACAACUUUCCACCUGGAGAGGAGGCCUGGAAGACUCACCUCAUGGGCCGAGAGGGCUGUAAGCAAAACUCACGCAGGACUGCGGUGUCCCAAAGAACCCAGCCAGCACAAGGUAGGGCCGCUGGUGGAAUAAACCAGUCGUUGUUGGUCAGAGCCGGAGCCAGAACCAGAACUGGGCCCGGGGGCAGAGGCAGCCGGAUCCCAUCCCUGACACCCAUGGCGAGGAGAAACGCUGCAGGAAAGCGCUGAAGCUGGUCGGUCACAAACUCCAUCAUCCAAAGAUAGUAUAUAACCAGAAGAAACAACUCCCCCUGCCCUCUCAUUUGAGAGUUAUUGACAAAGGGUCAAUAACUCCAACUCUAAAUAGGUGGAUGCAAAACUGCAAUUCAUCAAUAAGGCGAUCUAGUUCAGCCUGUUGGGUUUGAAACAAAAGCUUAUUUUGUGUAAGAAUAUCAGCUGACUCAGUGUCCUGCCCGCAGGUUAAAACUCUACCAAUAAACACCUGUGAGGCCAGUAAAUAUGAGCGCACUGAGUCCUUGUAACUGAUACACCCUUACAAGGUUUCUCGUCUCUUACAGUCUUAUUUUUGUCAAUGCUGUUUAAAGCCUUUAUAUGUUGCUUAAAGGGAAGUCUUGCCAUUUUGAUAGUUCCACACUGUGGAACUAUCAAAAUUUUUAAUCCUAAAGAUUAUAUUGGAAAAAUGAAGCCAUGUUCAGGGUGUGCUGAUUUAUAUUCCCAGCUACUGGUUAAAGUUCAAAAGUAUGUGAUGCAGCCUUUCCAGUUGUGCAGCCAGCUGCAUCUUUUCAGUCCAACUCCUCUGCUCAGUCACUGCCCACGUUUUACACAAUGCAGGCACUCUGCUGGAAGCAAAGUUUCACCGAGCUGAGACAACACUGAAUUCGUCAGUCUGACAUCACCAAGGACAUGUCACGUCUGUCAACUGAAUGCUCUGUGCACAAACGUCUAGAUGCCCAUUACGGCAGUGCAAGCCCUUCAGUGAUUUCUCUCUCCUUUAAAAAUAAAAAAAAUUAACUGGAGCAAAAUUGCUUUGAUGCUGUGUAUCGCAUUGAGAUAAAACUAUACAUUUACGUGAACUAUAUAUAAAAGGAGACUUUUUUUCUCCCCUCGUUACUCAACAGCAAACCAGAUUAAACUUUUCCUGUUUUAGGUCAAUAAGAUUACUUGACCUAAAACAAGCAAUCUUGUUUUAGGACAAAAGCUAAAAUAAGAUUAGAUUUUGACCUAAUCUUGUUUUAUGUCUCUUUGGUUACAUAGCAGAAAAAUGAGAGAUAGGAUUGUUUUGUUUUUCUUCUAUUAUUUUCUUCAUAUUUAAAAGCUUACAUACAUGGAGAUUGUCAUGCCUUUAGACAAUUUUGGAAAGCCCAGAUGAUGAUAAUGCCAUAUUAGCUUCUACUUGAUGGCACAGCAGUGUAUUUGUGUUGACAAAACAAUAUAAAUUUAGCUACUUUCCUUGUGCGACAUCAUGGAAAAAUCUAAAGGAACCAGCCAAGAUAUUGGGAUUGUGGCUCAAAAUACAGAUGUCUGAAAACGCCACAUUCAUCUGUUGUAAGCGUUAUUCAGAAGUAUAAGCAACAAGGGAAGGUCCAGUCAUCAUACAGAUCUAGAAGGAGAUGGCUCCUGUGUACCCAGAUAUUAGCAACAAUCAACUCCAAGGCAAAAGACUUUUGUGAAGAUUGCUUGCUGAACCCGCUGAGAGAGUCUUUGUCCAGAGAGAAAUGACACCUGUACCAACACGGGCCGAAAGGUCACAUAGCAAGGCAGAUUCCAUUCCUCCAAACUCAACAUAAACAACCAGAUUACAGUUUGAAAAUGGACUCAGAGAAAAUAACGUUCGUCUCUGGUAACAUCUUUGAUGGUCAGACCAAAAUGCAGUUGAAGCUUUUGGCUCUAGUGAAGAUUCUAGGAAUAAAUGGGGAAGCUUACAUUCCUGAAAACACUGUCCCGAAUGUGAAGCAUUUCCCCAGAUAAAUGGCAUCAUGAGAAAUAUAGAAGCGGUAUUUUAUUCGAUCAACCAGGAAGUUCAUGACUUUCCACAAAGGGGCCAACUGUUGCAACUGUGGGGAGAGUUGGAAAGGUGUGUGUGUGGGUGUGGGUGUGUGUGUGUGUGUGUGUGAGCGAAACGACCUGCAAACCUCGCUCAGUUAAAGCAGCUCCAUCAGGUGAAAUCUCCAGAGCCUUGUUGAGAAGAGACAAAAUAUUUUAACUAAGUCAUAGAGUUUAAAAGGGAAUUUUCUAAAGACUAAAGAAAUUAAUAUAAAUGUCAGAAUUUAAGAAAGGUUUUAAAAAAAAGAUCUAAAAACUCAAUUAACUCAGAUUCAUUGAAACAGCGUGUCUGAAACUUACCGAGCCAUCGCAUCCUAAUCUGAGCUUUUGAAAAUUGUUUCAAAGGUUUAAUUAUCUUAACGUAUGUAAACUUCUGAAUUUAAAGGAAACGAUCAAAGAUUCCUCAUUUAGCAAAUAUAAAUGCAUUUAACUAAUACAAAUAGUGCUGCUAAUUUUGACUGAAAUUGUCAAAACUUAAGUCUGAUCAAAUGCCAGACAGUGAGGGAAAAAAAGUUGAAUUUGUUUUUCAUGCUGUCAGUUUGAACUUUAGCUGAGUGCUAUCUUCUGCACAAAUCGAAACCUCUAUUUGUAAGUGUGUUGAAACAAGCAGAAGUAACAAGCUACUGGCUGAAAUCUCCAUGGCAACAGCUCUGACGGUCCAUUCUUCCUGAAGCCGUUACAAACCUGCCCAAGCUUUACUGCCACCAUCAGUGAGCCGUCUGCCCUCGCACUCCCUAACAUCGUCUUUCUAACACAGGGAAUUAAGUAACACUUUGCCAAAGGAAGGUUGUUACCAGUUACUUUCCUGAAAUUUCCAAAUGACAAUCUUGCAAAUGAGUGUUCUGAACUAAACCUUAGCUGUAGAGAAUAUUAAAUUAAAAAUAAUGAAACAAAGGAAGAUUAUUGCGCCGUGUAGUCACACUUCAAAGGUUAACAACUACCUAGAGUAUUUAUUCAGUUAUUAUUUUAAUGUGCAAAUGUCUUGACAGCGCUCACUGGAACACGUUAGUAAAAGUGACAGAAUGUAUUUGAAUAUGAAAAGGUCGGAAACCUAUAAUGUAUUCUUAAGCUCUAGCUUUUCGCACUUCCUGAAGCUGUUCGUACAAUGUCAAAGGUUGUUAAUGACAGAGCUACUGGUCAGCAGCUGUUUUAUAAGAUGCAGCAUAAUUAGUUUCUAACAGUUUUUAUGGUGCUUUCUGUGCACUGUAGUCAGUCAUUUUUAUGACGUGUUUGCAUAAUAGCUAUUUUUCUAUGGAAAUGUGUUUGUGUGUAUAAAAAUAAAUCUGAAUGACAA